AUGGCCUCCGCGCAGCCCAUGGUGGGCGGCGGGGGUCUGUCGCAGCGCAAGGAAAACAACACGGCGAGCCGGCUGGCGGUCGCAGAGGUGCUUGGGGACGAGUGGCGCAGCCGCACCCCUGACGGCCGGCCGCGCGCGGGCGCUGCGCCCGGGGAGCAGCAGCAGCAGCAGCGGCGUCCGCCAACCGUGGUCGACUCCGCCAUCCCGGCGAUCCCUGAGGUGGAUGAGCCCGAUCACUGGCGGGCGGUCGGGCGUGUAGAGGCGGCGUUUACGGUCCCGCUGCAGCCGGCGUUCGCCGUGGUGCAGCUGGGGCCGUUUCAGUACAAGGUGACGGCUGAUGACGUCAUCCUGCACCCGAAGCUGGUGGGGGCGGAGGUCAACGACGUGAUUGCGCUGGAGAAGGUGCUGCUGCUGGGCACGCCGCAGGACACGACCAUCGGGCGCCCCUACGUCCCUGGCGCCUGCGUGGUCGCGGCGGUGGAGUCUCACUUCCGCGAAACCAAGGUGCACGUGUUCAAGAAGAAGGUGCGCAAGCGCUACUCCAAGCUGCAGGGCCACAGGAGCCAGAUGACCGCCCUCAGAAUACUGCAGGUGAUGCCUGAGGGCCUGCCGGCUGACUGGCGGCAGGGGGCGGCGCCAUAG